UUAGAAAAAGGGGGUGUAGCCGACAGACCACGCAGCCCCCGACCGCCUCUCCUUGGCCUUCCCUCUGGAGAGGGAGCAAAGGAAGACGGCGCUCUUGAUGGAGGGAGACCCCUCCACUUCUCCUUCUUUUCAUUCAACGGGGAAAGAUGAAGGCUACUUGGGCCGGGCGUUAUCCCGCCAAGGAAGGACGGAAGGAAGCAGGUAGGGCUUUUCUCUCCCAGGUGGAGCACCGCUCAGGGCCGGGAGAACCACUGCUUUCCUUCCUUCUCGGUUGUCCCGCAGGAAUAUGAGGAAAGAUAGGAGCAGCUGCCGACUCUUCGCAGCUCUCCUUAGUCUCAGGAGGUUCUGGGCUGGAUAAGCUGGAGGCGUUGCCUUUUGACUCCUCGUGGAGCGAAGAUUUUGCCAGCCAAGCUUCCUGAUUGGUGGCUUUUUUAUUUUUUUCCUUCCAAAGAAACAUACCAGAGCUUUCUUUCCCUGCUAACAAACUUGCCAGGCUCCUCCGCCCGGCCAACUGCGCCGGCUAGAAAUAGGCACUCCAAGGGAAAUAAAAGCCGCUGAAAGAGAAUCUGAGACCGGCCGCAACCUGACGCUUUUCCCCGUUUAUUGGAUGAGUCGUUUAGCUCCGCCUCUCAAGAUGGAACGAUUCGUGGUCCGGCGGCCGUGAUUCCGCUUUCUCUUAGGUUGGCGUGGCCUGCCAGUCAUUUUGAAGGACGGGCUGUUCUUUCUCCAUUGGUCCUGCCCCUUUUCUCCCUCCUCCCCCUCCGCGCCUAUUGAUAUUAUUGGAGUGUGGAGCGAACGGUCGGUCUGCAGUCGGAGACUCGCAGGCAGCAAAUACGGAGAGCAAAAAAAGCAAGCAGGGAAAGCGAAGCGCUGCGUAAGAGCACUGCAAAUUAAAACACAUCGCAGCAGAAGCCCUUAGAUACGCACCGAGCAGCAGCAGCAGCAGCAGUAGUAGGAGCAGCCGCGGGGGCAGCAGAACCAACGCCAAGCGCAGUCUCUCUGAAUGUAUAUGCAUAUCAUUAGAUUUAUUUAAAUAUCUCCAGCUCAUGCAUCAUGGUUUUUCAAACUAGGCUCCCUUCUUGGAUUAUUUUGUGUAACAUCUGGCUGCUUCAGAGUGCACACAUGGGGGAGGCACAGUCUGCAAAAGAAGUAAUAUUGCUGGAUUCUAAAGCACAACAGACAGAGUUGGAAUGGAUUUCUUCUCCUCCCAAUGGGUGGGAAGAAAUUAGCGGACUGGAUGAAAACUACACGCCUAUACGAACAUACCAGGUAUGCCAAGUCAUGGAACCCAACCAAAAUAACUGGCUAAGGACUAAUUGGAUCACGAAAGGCAAUGCACAAAGGAUUUUUGUAGAACUAAAAUUCACUCUGAGGGAUUGUAAUAGCCUUCCUGGAGUCCUGGGGACAUGUAAAGAAACGUUCAACUUGCAUUAUUAUGAAACAGACUAUGACACUGGAAGGAGUAUCAGAGAAAGCCAGUAUGUAAAAAUAGACACUAUUGCAGCUGAUGAAAGCUUUACCCAAGGUGACCUUGGGGAGAGAAAAAUGAAACUUAAUACAGAAGUGAGAGAGAUCGGACCUCUGUCCAAGAAAGGAUUCUACCUUGCAUUUCAGGAUGUAGGGGCUUGCAUUGCUCUGGUUUCUGUCAAAGUGUACUAUAAGAAGUGCUGGUCCAUUAUUGAGAACUUAGCGAUUUUUCCAGACACAGUAACUGGGUCAGAGUUCUCCUCCUUAGUUGAGGUCCGAGGAACUUGCGUCAGUAGUGCGGAAGAAGAAGCCGAAAACUCCCCUAGAAUGCAUUGUAGUGCAGAGGGAGAAUGGUUAGUCCCAAUUGGGAAGUGUAUCUGCAAAGCUGGCUUCCAGCAAAAAGGAGACACAUGUGAACCCUGUGGACGUGGAUUCUAUAAGUCAUCUUCACAAGAUCUGCAGUGUUCCCGCUGCCCAAUGCACAGUUUUUCAGACAGGGAAGGAUCUUCGCGAUGUGAUUGUGAAGACAGCUAUUACAGAGCACCUACUGACCCACCCUAUGUUGCAUGCACAAGACCGCCAUCUGCACCACAGAACCUUAUUUUCAAUAUUAACCAAACUACAGUGAGUUUGGAGUGGAGCCCUCCUGCUGAUAAUGGAGGAAGGAAUGACGUGACCUACAGGGUAUUAUGCAAGAGGUGCAGCUGGGAACAGGGUGAAUGUGUUCCCUGUGGGAGCAAUGUUGGAUAUAUGCCCCAGCAAACUGGAUUAGCAGACAACUAUGUCACCGUCAUGGACCUGUUAGCUCAUGCUAACUAUACUUUUGAAGUUGAAGCUUUAAAUGGUGUCUCUGACUUAAGCCGUUCCCAGAGGCUUUUUGCAGCUGUUACCGUUACCACUGGUCAAGCAGCUCCCUCGCAAGUUAGUGGUGUAAUGAAAGAAAAAGUGCUGCAAAGGAGUGUGGAGCUUUCCUGGCAGGAACCUGAGCAUCCCAAUGGAGUCAUCACAGAAUAUGAAAUCAAGUAUUAUGAGAAAGACCAAAGGGAGAGAACUUAUUCAACAGUGAAAACCAGAGCCACUUCUGCUUCGGUUAAUAAUCUGAAACCAGGAACUGUAUAUGUUUUCCAGAUUCGUGCUUUUACUGCUGCUGGCUAUGGAAAUUAUAGCCCUAGAUUAGAUGUUGCUACACUAGAAGAAGCCACAGCCACUGCCGUAUCCAGUGAACAAAAUCCUGUAAUCAUAAUAGCUGUGGUAGCUGUGGCAGGCACAAUCAUCCUGGUUUUCAUGGUGUUUGGCUUCAUCAUUGGGCGAAGACACUGUGGCUAUAGCAAAGCUGACCAAGAAGGAGAUGAAGAACUUUACUUUCAUUUUAAAUUUCCAGGCACCAAAACCUACAUUGACCCUGAAACCUACGAGGAUCCCAAUAGAGCAGUCCAUCAAUUCGCCAAGGAGUUAGAUGCGUCCUGUAUUAAAAUAGAGCGUGUGAUUGGUUCAGGAGAGUUUGGCGAAGUAUGCAGCGGUCGUCUAAAGCUUCCAGGCAAAAGAGAUGUUGCAGUGGCCAUUAAAACCUUAAAAGUGGGCUAUACUGAAAAACAAAGAAGGGAUUUUCUUUGUGAGGCAAGCAUCAUGGGACAGUUUGACCACCCCAAUGUUGUUCAUUUGGAAGGAGUUGUUACCAGAGGAAAACCAGUAAUGAUUGUAAUAGAAUACAUGGAGAAUGGAGCACUGGAUGCAUUUCUCAGGAAACACGAUGGGCAGUUUACAGUAAUUCAGCUGGUUGGGAUGUUGAGAGGAAUUGCUGCUGGAAUGAGAUACUUGGCAGAUAUGGGAUACGUACACAGGGACCUAGCAGCACGCAAUAUUCUGGUCAAUAGCAAUCUUGUUUGCAAAGUAUCGGACUUUGGUCUAUCCAGAGUUAUAGAAGAUGAUCCUGAAGCUGUCUACACCACAACUGGUGGCAAAAUUCCAGUAAGAUGGACAGGUCCAGAAGCCAUACAGUACCGGAAAUUUACAUCAGCAAGUGAUGUAUGGAGUUAUGGAAUAGUCAUGUGGGAGGUGAUGUCUUAUGGAGAGAGGCCUUACUGGGACAUGUCAAAUCAAGAUGUUAUAAAAGCAAUUGAAGAAGGGUAUCGUUUGCCAGCACCCAUGGAUUGCCCAGCAGGCCUUCACCAGCUGAUGCUAGACUGCUGGCAGAAAGAACGUGCAGAAAGGCCAAAGUUUGAACAGAUUGUGGGCAUUUUGGAUAAAAUGAUUCGGAAUCCAAAUAGCUUGAAGACUCCUUUAGGAACCUGUAGUAGACCAAUCAGCCCUCUUCUGGACCAGAACACCCCUGAUUUCACAACAUUUUGCUCUGUAGGGGAAUGGUUGCAAGCAAUCAAGAUGGAAAGAUACAAGGAUAAUUUUUCUGCUGCAGGUUACAAUAACCUUGAGACAGUAGCCAGAAUGACUAUUGAUGACAUCAUGAGCUUAGGAAUCACAUUGGUUGGCCAUCAAAAGAAAAUCAUGAGCAGCAUUCAGACUAUGAGAGCACAAAUGUUACACUUGCAUGGCACUGGCAUCCAAGUGUGAUGAGACAUUUCUCCCUUCCAAGGGAGGAGACGGACUUGAGAGAACAGUGCCAGCUUUCAGUCUCCAUGAAGCGCUGCUAGAAGACAUACGAUUUGACAGAGCUUUCAUGCAGGUAACAGAAGGCCCCACCAGAAGCACCUACAGACUUGAACUCCUAAGUGCCACCAGAAAGUUACUUAAAAAGGGAAAACAGACCUACUAAUGGCGGCAACAAAAGAAGUGACAAUAAACAAAGUACUACCUGAAACACCUACGAACACCUUGAACUCUCUAACCUCCUUUUUAUCUAAUGGACUUUUUAAAGUGUACAUAAAGGAUUUUAAAAGAAAGAAUAUAUUUGUCAGAUAAAAAUCAUGAUAUUGUUAAAGUCAACAAAUAUUUUCCUUAAAACUUUCAUUUCAAACUUGUUUUAAGAAAUCAGUUGUGUUCCUUUUUUCAUAUUGAGCUCCUUUUAGUGUUGCAUUUAUAUCUUUGGACCUUCUUAGUGCUAAGCAUAUGACACAUUAUUACACUGGGGAGUUUUGAAAGAUCGUACAAGUUUCUACAGCCAGAAGAAGUGUAACAGGGAAAUGUGUAUCAGGCUAGCUACUGGGUGGGUGAAGCAGGGUUGUCCAGGAUCUUUUUUUCUUUUUUUUAAUUUUGGCAUCUAUUUUUAUCUGUUUAUUCCACACCACAUCGAUGUGGUUUGCUAAUUGGCAGGAAAUCAGGAAAAAAAAAUCAUUGCCAAGAGUUCUGAUAUUUUUUAAAAUAAUUUUGUAUAAGUAAAUCACACACUCUUCUUUAAACAGGAAAUGAAUAAAAUGGUGAACCUAGCAAUAAUGUUCCCUAAAAAUGCCUAGGCACUUUUUAAGAAAUGGUUUGAAAGAUGGUUUUAGUAGGGUACCUGGGUUAAAGGAAGCUGUACAACUGCAACUUUAAAUGGGUUGAAGCCCUUUCAUGGAAUGAUUGAUGGUAGGUGCAUAAACAGAACAAGUACAAGUCCUAUAGUGUUGCUUAACCUUUUAAUCAGAGCACAUUGGGUGUUUGUUCUUGCAGGGGAUUGGGUGUCUUUUUUAUUUUUUUCAACAAUGUACAUUAGAAGGUCUAGGAGAAAUAAUAAGCAUAUGGCUAAUAUGAGAUUAAGAUGAAUGUAGUCCCUCUUGCAGAAAUAAGAAUAUGAGAAUGCAAUCCAGAGACUGCAUAUUAAUCUAGAAGAAAUUGCAUUCAGGUGGGUGGAUACACUCUGCUUUUAUCAGCUGGAGCUUAUUUUCUGUCCAUACUUCUACCAAUCAUGCUGUUUGAAAUGUGGGUAGGCAGAUUGUCUUCCUUGCCAUAGACAACCUCAUCUGUAGUGGCAAGCAAUGACAGGACCCCAGUCCGCAGCAAUUCACAUAAUUCUCACCAGUGUUGCCACUAAUAAUUACAAGCCAAGUAUACAUAUCUUUCUCUGGUCCACACAUUGGGAUAAGCCCUGUUCAGAAUGAGGAAGCUAUGCACAUUGAAAUGAAUGGGAUUUCAAAACGUAAUCGUGCUCUGAAGCUGCUAGGAUCUCAUGGGCCCCAAGUCUAUCUAACAUUCUCUGGAUUGCAGUUCUCUUGUGCAAGCUCUAUGAAAUGAGUGACAGAUGGACAACAGAUAACAGGGCUUGCACGGGACAUGUUCCUGUCAGAUGGUGCCUUUGGAUUUUCUAUUACAGGUGUAGGAAUAUAAGGCAAGUGGCACUUCAACAUUUCAUUGUGUGUAUGUGUGUGUGUGUGUGUGUUUCAAUGAGCUGCUCUAGGCGCAUGCAUUCAGAACUGGACUGAAAGUUGAUUGUUGACUGAGAGAACCCCUUUUUUAAAGAAAAAAAUACCAGUUUUAAUUUAAUAUAUGUGUACUUGAGUUGAGUGAAAUAUAUAAUUACAUAAGCAAUAACAAAGUGUGUCGCAGGACUAUAUAUGAAACAGGUGACUAAUGCUGUCAAAAAUAUGAAAAUCGUGAGCUACCCAGCAGUGAAUAGCUGUACUUCCAAAGAGAACUGGGAUGCUUCUGUUGGUUUUCAUAGAGAAAGAUCCCAGGGAUCAGUCAUAUAAAUUAAGACUUGUUUGAUAAUGUGGGCAUCCACAAAAAGAAAAAAAAAAUGAAAAAAAAAUAAUAACCCUGUAAAUGUUCCUUUGUAAAACUUGUACAUUUUAUUUAUACUGUCUUGUUUUGUACACACAUUUAUGUGCAGUGAGCUCUGAAUACAUUGAAAAUGCACUAUAUUUUUCUAUUUUACUUAACAGAGCAUCACAGAAAGGAACAUGGUUUUUUCAGUGCUAUAUAAUGUGUUUUCCCACGUUUAGGACCAAAGAUAGUUACAAAGAAUUCAAAUAGAUAAUUUUCCCCUCCUACCAUUUUCUUUUCCUUUUACAGCACUGUACAAUGUUUUAUUUGUUGUUUUAUUUAUUUAUUUUGUUAGAAAAAAAUAAUUUUGAUUAUGCUAAUUUUUCUUCUUUCACCCUUUCUUAAAGAAAUCUGUAAAAAAGAUAAACAAAAAUAUUUGAAUUAACAUAAUCCCAUUACAUAGACACUUCCAUUUGUAAUCUUUGUAAUAGACUGUAAAUAUAUUUUUGGAAA